UUUCCGGUUGGAUCUGUCACAAAUUAUUAUGAAAAUCUAGGUAAAUUCUAAAUGAAAAUGACUUAAAUUAAGUACCAGUGUUAUUUUUAAUGUGGUGAAUCCGCUGAAUUAAUGAGAUAUCGACAGGUAUCAUCAGAGAAAAUUGUUAUUCUUCUAUACCGGCAAGUUCGUUCUUCCAUCUUCGUCAUACUCAUCAUAUCAGACGAAUUACUUUUCUCUUCACGGAUACGGCUAGGCUAGAAUUUAAGAACGACACUAACAUUGACAUUCACCUGUGACACGGUUUAAGCUAUUCAGCUUCAAUUAUAAACCAAUUAGCCUAGACAUUAAUUACCUCCAGCAAUUCUCAUAUGUACUUUUUAUAGAAACAUCUAGAUCUAUGCAGUUUUGAAACCGAACAGAUUAGUAGAAAUAGAUAGAAAUAAUUUUGUUUAUGUUUUUGUGGAGAGACAGUUAAAAUACAAUACUCUGAAUAGGCCUACAUUGACAGAAGUGAUUCUUGUCAAUGUCUUGUCUGAUUGCUAGACAUUACUUUUGUAGCAGAGAUUAAAUCAUUAUCAACAACAUUAAGUCAUUGUCAGUGGUCGUUGAUGCCUUGAUUAUAAUUUGUAAAAAAUUCUGAUGGCCAAUUCUAAUCCAGCUCGAAUGGAUCACCGUGAAUAUUACGAACAUGACGAUGAUGAUAGCGAAGAUGAGGAACCACGUAAUCACCAUAUCCCCAGGCUCUCCCCAUCCAGAAAAUUCAAUGGAACAGCUGCACAAGUUGUUGACAGAUAUGGUUUUAUAGGUGGUAAACAGUUUACAAAUCCAGAAGAUGAACAUCGAAUACCACCAGAGAUAUUACGAAAACGAGAAUUAAAAUGGCUGGAUAUGAUGGAAAAUUGGGAAAAAUGGAUGAGCAAACGGUUCAAAAAGGUAAAAGACCGAUGUAGAAAAGGUAUACCAUCAUCAAUAAGACCUAAAGCCUGGCAGUAUCUGUGUGGUAGUAAAUUUAUGCUAGACCACAACCGAGGAAAAUAUGAUCAUUAUUUAAGUUUACCAGGCGAUCCAAAGUGUUUAGAUGAUAUUAAAAAAGAUUUAGAUCGUCAGUUUCCUCAACAUGAAAUGUUUAAAAAUAAAGAUGGCUAUGGACAAGAAGAUUUAUUUUUUGUACUAAAAGCAUACAGUAUACACAAGCCUGAAGAAGGAUAUUGUCAAGCCCAGGCACCAUUAGCAGCUUUAUUAUUAAUGCACAUGCCAGCAGAACAGGCUUUCUGGUGUUUAGUAUCUAUCUGUGAAAAAUAUCUACCUGGUUAUUACAGUCCUGGACUGGAAGCUGUACAAUUAGAUGGAGAAGUUUUGUAUGGUUUAAUUAGAAAGAUGUCGCCUUCCAUUCAUAAACUACUGAAAACUCAGCGUGUAGAACCUAUGAGUGUCAUCUAUUAG